GGAACCAAAAGAUGUGGUGAGAGGCACUUGGCAGCAGCUGCAAAAUUUCAAUCACAUUCACAGCCCCACUUCCACCGCAAACCUCGUACUUUCUUCUCUAUCCUCAACUCUAUGAUUCCUCGAUCUUCCAUCUGUCUUACCACCGUUUCAAAAAAAUUCACUAAAAAAACCGCUCUCUUUUCUUCUUCUUCUUCUUCUCUAAUCACCCUUCAGGAUUCUCACUCCAAACCCCCUUUGAGUCCCUUUUACAAUCUUCUCCCCCCUACCCACAACCCCAACAACAUCGUAAACCUUAUCUCUUCCACCCUCAAACAAAAAACUUCCUGCCUUUCACUUCAAAAUGACAUCAAAGCGAUUCUCCCGCACUUGGGUCCCCACGAAAUUUCAAGGGUCUUGCUCAGAUCCCAGUCUGAUCACUCUUCAGCCCUCACCUUCUUCAAUUGGGUCAAAAAUGACUUGAACAUCACACCCUCUCUGCAUAACUAUUGUGUAAUUGUUCACAUACUUGCUUGGUCUAGGGUAUUCUCUCAGGCCAUGAAGUUGUUGUCUGAGUUGAUACAAUUGGUUGAGGUUGAGGGUGUUUCCCCAAAUGAGGACAUUUAUGAGAGCCUUGUGGGGUGCACUGAGGAUUGUAAUUGGAACCCUGUGAUCUUUGAUAUGCUUAUCAAGGCUUAUGUGAAGGUUGGCAUGGUUGAGAAGGGUUUGGUAACUUUUAGGAGGAACAUCGAGGCUUGUUUUAUCCCCAAUGUGAUUGCUUGCAAUUGUUUGUUGAGUGGGUUGUCUAGGCUUAAUUAUAUUGCUCAAUGUUGGGAGGUUUAUGAUAAAAUGGGAAGACUUGGAAUACAUAGGAAUGCUUAUACUUUCAACAUUAUGACCCAUGUUUUGUGCAAAGACGGGGAUACCGAUAAGGUGAACGGAUUCUUGGAGAAGAUGGAGGAGGAAGGGUUUGAGCCUGACUUGGUCACGUAUAACACCCUUGUUAAUAGCUAUUGUAAGAAAAGAAGGUUGGAGGAUGCGUUUUAUCUGUACAAGAUCAUGUACAUUAGAGGUGUGAUGCCUAAUUUGAUUACACACACAGCGUUGAUGAAUGGUCUUUGUGAAGAAGGAAAGGUCAAGGAGGCUCAUCGACUUUUUCAUGAGAUGGUUCACCGAGGGAUAGAUCCGGAUGUUGUGUCUUAUAAUACUCUUGUGUCUGGUUAUUGUAGAGAAGGAAAGAUGCAAAUGUGUAGAUCAUUGUUGCAUGAAAUGAUAGGAAAUGGGAUUUGUCCUGACGCGGUCACAUGUCGGGUUAUAGUUGAAGGAUAUGCUAGGGAAGGAAAGCUGUUGUCUUCCUUGAAUGUUGUUGCGGAGCUUAAGAGAUUUGGAAUUAAGAUUCCUGAGGAUGUAUAUGAUUAUCUUGUAGUUGCAUUGUGUAGUGAAGGUCGACCGUUUGCUGCUAGAAGUUUUCUGCUAAGGAUAUCUCAGGAUGGCUAUAUACCUCAAGUGAAUACUUACAAUAAACUGGUUGAGACACUAUGUGAAUUCAAUAAUGUGGAAGAGGCGUUGAUUUUGAAAUGUGAUAUGGUGAAGAAGAGCAUGAAGCUGAAUCUUGCUUCCUAUAGAGCUGUUAUAAGCUACUUGUGUCGAGUAAACAGGACUUCGGAGGCUGAAGGAUUGUUGGAGGAAAUGGUUACUUCAGGUAUUCAACCUGAUGUAGAGACGAGCAGAGCAUUAAUAAAUGGGUAUUGUGAGGAAAAUAAGGUUGAUAAAGCUGUGUCAUUAUUGAAAAUCUUUGCAAAGGAAUUUAAAAUUUACGAUACUGAAAGCUACAAUGCAAUUGUUAAAGUAUUUUGUGAGGUUGGUAAUAUAGACGAGUUGAUGGAACUUCAGGAUAAGCUACUCAAGGUGGGGUAUGUUCCAAAUAAAUUAACAUGCAAGUAUGUGAUCCAUGGAUUGCAGAAAGCCAUGGAACUUGAUGAUGAUGAGAUGUUGGGCCACAAUAUGCUUAAAGUCUAACAUUGUCCUUAUAUUAGGACUAUAUCCAAAUUCUCUCCUACCCAAUUACAUGGGCAUGGCAUAUGAGGAUAGUCUAGAAGGAAAUUGAAGAUUGCUACUACACACACUGGGGCUAAAAUCAGAGUUUUAAAUGGAUUCUUCUUCCAAAUCAAGAUAAAGAAAUUGGUAAUAUCAUGGCUUCCAUAUAAACAUUGCCGUUCACUAGUUGAAAUACAGGGGGAAUCCGAUAUUAUUUUAAGUAAUUAGUUUCUAAAGCUGCACGUCACACUAGGCAUUGGUUUUUUCAAAUUAGAGCCUCAAACAAGAGCUUGAAACUACUACACAAAGAUAAGAGAUUGUAGCAUGUUUCUUACGUGAUUAUCAGCUCUCCCAUGAAGAGAUAAAUACACUUAGAGAAGAAGCACUGAAUGAAAACUUUUUCAAGGCAUUAUCUCAUGUCCAAGAGAUUCGUGCCAAAUGCAAACUGUUACUUUGGACACAUCAUCAGCGUGCUGGAUUAGAGCUGAUGGAUAUGUUGGCUGUGUUUCAAGACGGAGCUUAUGAGCUGGACUCUACUUAAGCCUAUGCUCCCGAAUAAAUGAAGAUUUUCAUCUACACUUGAACAUAGGCUUAAGUAGAUGAAUCCUACAUAGACUUUAGUGCCUAUUUAGGUAGCCAAUAUGAGACAAUGCACUAUUUAGAAGAUUUAUAAGUGCUCUUACAAGUGAAGGAUCUGGUGGAUUGCCUCGACCAAUUGAAGUACAAGUUUAUGAUCACUCCGAUAUGUCGGUGAUAUGCUAGGCUGGUUGCAUCAGACCUUGACGUCAUAUGUUGAUCAAAUUCAAAGCAAUUCUCCUACUACUCCGAGAAUGAUUAGGAGUGUGAAAAAAAAAAUUCAAAUCAACCCAACAUUUAUAACGCUCCUUAAUUGAAAUAACACUCGAUCAUGAUGGCUGUCGUAUGAAAAUCGACACAACUUCUUUCCGUAUACAAAUUCUUUAUAUUUUAAUGGUGUCAGUUAUUAAUUAUUUCCAAAUAAAUAUAAGUAAAAGGAAAUUAACCAUUGAAACUUUUA